GUAGAAGAUAUUAAAAAUGUCGAAGUGGGUAUCUUAAAAUGAGUAGGACUUUGGCGUUGGCAUCCUUCCACAGAGUCAGCACCAUCUCUAAUUGGUCCGUGACCUUGGCAACUUCUCCUCGAUUGUCUCCUCCAUUUUUUUCUGUUCAACUUCGUCGUCCCUCACUCUUUCACUUAACUCCCAUUUCUCAUUACACCAAAAAACUGUCAGCUGUUUUGGCCAUGGAUUCUUCUAAAGCUGGUUUGGUGAAGGAAUUACCAGUUGGGCUAGACGAAGCUACUGAAGAAGAAUAUGCUUCUCAGUCUAAAUUACUUCAAGAAUUUACUAGUAUCUCCAGCAUUGACAAGGCAUGGAUUUUUAAGUCUGACAGUGGAAAGGGCUCCCAGGCAAUGUUUUCAAUUAGCCAACCAAAUCUUUUGGCAAACAAGAAACGAAAAUUUAUGCUGUCCAGUAGUAUUUCAAAAGAAAGUAUUAAUGAUGUAAACUUCCAAUGGGCCCCAUUUCCCAUAGAGAUGACAGGAGUGUCUUUAUUUGUUCCCUCACCAUCAGGUUCAAAGCUUCUUGUAAUUCGAAAUCCUGAAAAUGAAUCUCCCUCGCAAUUUGAAAUAUGGAGUUCAUCUCAGUUGGAGAAGGAGUUCCUGAUUCCCCAGUCUGUUCAUGGCUCAGUCUAUGCUGAUGGAUGGUUUGAGGGAAUCUCCUGGAACUCUGAUGAAUCUCUUAUUGCUUAUGUCGCUGAGGAGCCUUCUCCCUCCAAGCCUUCUUUUGACGAUCAGGGUUACAGGAAAGGUGCUAUAAAAGAUAAGGAAUGCUGUAGCUGGAAAGCUCAAGGAGAUUGGGACGAGGAAUGGGGGGAAUGCUAUGCAGGAAAAAGGCAGCCUGCAUUAUUUGUGAUCAAUGUUAACAGUGGCAAGGUACAAGCUGUUAAAGGAAUUGCAAAGUCUUUGAGUGUAGGCCAGGUGGUUUGGGCUCCACAAGUGGAAGGCACAGAACAAUAUUUGGUUUUUGUGGGUUGGUCAGCUGAUCCGAGAAAGCUUGGUAUAAAAUACUGCUAUAACAGACCCUGUGCAUUAUAUGCUGUGAAGGCUCCACUUUAUAAAUCAGAAGCUGCUGAGUUUGAUCUCAAAUCAAUGGAAGAAUCGACAGUAGUCAACUUAACACAAAGCAUUAGUAGUGCAUUCUUUCCACGAUUCAGCCCAGAUGGAAAGUUCCUCAUGUUUCUGUCUGCAAAAGCCUCAGUGGAUUCUGGGGCACACUCUGCAACUGAUUCUCUUAAACGAAUUGAUUGGCCAACUGGUGGCAAGCUAUGGUCAUCUACAGAAAUCAUUGAUGUGAUUCCAAUUGUGAACUGUGCUGAGGAUGGUCACUUACCAGGGCUUUACUGUUCAAAUUUUCUUACUAAGCCAUGGCUUUCUGAUGGAUGCACUGUGAUUUUAUCUUCCUACUGGCACAGCUGUCAAGUGAUACUUUCUGUAAAUUUGAUAAGUGGCAAAGUAUUACGUAUCAGCCCUGCUGACUCAGAUUUCUCAUGGAAUGUUCUUACACUAGAUGGGGACAAUAUAAUUGCUGUGUGUAGCAGUCCUAUAGAUGUUCCUCAAAUCAAGUACGGCUGUCUUGUUGACAAAGCAACCAAUAGCACUGGAUGGUGUUGGUCAAAUGUGUCGAGCCCCAUUUUCAGAUGUUCUGAGAAGGUUAUGUCUCUGCUUUCAUCUCAUCAGUUUAGCAUUCUGCAAAUUCCAGUCAAGGAUGUUUCUGAUUGCUUAACAAAAGGAGCUGCUAAACCUUUUGAGGCAAUAUUUGUAUCUUCCAAGAAAAAUGAUGAAACUGAUCCACUAAUAGUGUUGCUUCAUGGGGGCCCACAUUCUGUCUCCUUGUCAAGCUUCUCAAAGUCAUUAGCAUUUCUCUUUUCUAUUGGUUACAGCUUAUUAAUUGUAAAUUAUAGAGGUUCACUGGGAUUUGGUGAGGAAGCAUUGCAAUCACUUCCUGGGAAAAUUGGGUCUCAGGAUGUCAAUGAUGUGCUUACAGCCAUAGAUUAUGUCAUUGAGAAAGGACUUGCCAACCCAUCUAAAAUAACUGUUCUUGGUGGUUCUCAUGGUGGCUUUCUGACCACUCACUUGAUUGGCCAGGCACCAGAUAAGUUUGUUGCAGUCGCUGUGAGGAAUCCAGUUUGUAAUCUUUCAUCAAUGGUUGGUAUAACAGAUAUCCCUGAUUGGUGUUAUGUUGAAUCCUAUGGAAGCAAUGGAAAAAGUAUCUACACCGAAGCACCUUCAGCUGAGCACCUGACUCACCUUUACAACAAGUCGCCUAUAUCACAUAUCUCAAAGGUUAAAGCUCCAACCCUCUUUCUUUUAGGUGCUCAGGAUCUUCGUGUCCCAGUUUCCAAUGGAUUGCAAUAUGCACGGGCAUUAAAAGAGAGAGGAGUUGAGACCAAAGUUAUCGUGUUUCCCAGUGACAUUCAUGCAAUUGAGAGACCACAAUCUGACUUCGAAAGCUCUCUUAAUAUUGGUGUGUGGUUCAAGAAGUAUUGCAAAUGAACAAGUUUAUGUGUUGUGUCACAGCUGUUGUAUGGUCUGAAUCUUAAGUCCUUGAUCUUUAGUCCAUAGUUACUUGGGGAUCAUGCCCUUUGGUAAUCAAGAAAUUAAUCAUCACAAUCUUAUUUAAGAUGGCUAGUCCGUACAAGACAUUCAAUAAUGUAAUGAUUCUUGUUUUUAGGUGUGCCCUCAUUUUCAGCAUACAGAAACACCUGUGGAAUUUUCGUAUAAUAUAAUCAUGUUCACUUCUUUUUGUGGAUU